UAUUAGUAUGAGGCUCCUCUCCUCCGUCUCCUGGGUCCCAUUCUCAGUGGCAUCAUCAACGCCUAAAGCAGCUGCUCCAUACAUGCAACUGUGGAUUGGCGCCACAAAUCUGAGGAUGGACAAGAAGGGAGAAGAAGGAAAGGAACCGAGUGCAAAGGCGAGAGAGGCCAUUGUUGAAUUCAUGCCUGAGGUUCAUCAAAUGCAACAGCUCGUAGCCACCGAGACGUCUGGCGGUUGGGAGAAAUGUUGGGAGCAGGGAGUGACACCAUGGGAUUUAGGACGCCCAACACCUAUCAUCUUACAUCUCCAUCAGACAGGUGCCCUUCCUAAGGGCAGGGCUUUAGUCCCUGGAUGUGGCUCUGGUUAUGAUGUGGUAGCAAUGGCAUGCUCUGAACGCCAUGUUGUUGGAUUGGACUUCUCGCACACGGCUAUUGAGAAAGCAAUAGAGUUGUCUUCCUCAUUACCAAAUUCAAGUUACUUUACAUUCUUGAAGGCAGACUUCUUCACUUGGUAUCCACCUGAGCUGUUUGAUCUUAUUUUCGAUUACACGUUCUUCUGUGCUAUCGAACCAGAGAUGAGAUCAAGAUGGGCAUGCAAAGUUCAAGAAAUGUUGAAACCUGAUGGAGAGCUCUUAACACUGAUUUUUCCGAUCAGUGAUCAUGUUGGUGGGCCUCCGUAUAAAGUAUCAGUCUCCGACUAUGAAGAGGUGUUGCAUCCCAUGGGCUUCAAGGCAGUAACCAUUGUUGAUAAUGAACUUGCUAUCGGAGCUCGCAAGGGAAGAGAGAAAUUUGGAAGAUGGAGGAGGGAUACAACGCAAUCCUUACUUUGACGAGAAUACAAACACUCUUGAUGCAUGAUCCUCAUUUCUUCGGGAGGAGGGCACAUUGAGCAUCAACAUGAAUGAUGGUUUCUGAAGGAGUUGAAUCGCCAUCUCCUUGCUGUACAAGAUCCACGCCCAUCAUUGACUUGAAUCCUCUGGGAUUCUAUUCGCAUUUGAAUGUCUGUUCUAUCAUUUACAAGUGAGAAUAAUAUCAACCUUGAAGAAUAAUAUGAUGAAUGUCUGUUCUUUA